UUUACGGGAAGUCCUCGCCUGCGUCAGCACGGCCCUAAGGCGGCGGCAGGGAACGGCCUUCCUCACUCCUGACUUCCGCCUGCCUCCGGUCUGGAGUCGCGGCCUUCCCCGCUCCUUCCCCUCAGCCUGCGGCGUCCGACCAUGUUUGGCCUGCGGAGAAACGCGGUCAUCGGCUUGAACCUGUACUGCGGCGGCGCCAGCCUCGGCGCGGGCGGCGGUUCUCCGGCAGGGGCGCGCCUGGUGGCCGAGGAGGCCAAGGCGCGGCGCGAGGGGGGAGGGGAAGCCGCCCUGCUGCCCGGCGCGCGGGUGGUCGCCCGGCCGCCGCCCGUGGGCGCCGAGGACCCCGACGUCACCGCGUCGGCCGAAAGGCGGCUGCAUAAGUCGCCCGGCCUCCUCGCCGUGCCGCCCGAGGAGAUGGCCUCGUCGACCGCCGCCGCCGCCAUCGUGUCUCCCGAGGAGGAGCUGGACGGCUGCGAGCCGGAGGCGAUCGGCAAGCGCCCGGUCGUGCUGCCCCUCCUGGAGCGCGUGAGCGAGGCGGCCAAGAGCUCCGGGGCCGACGGCUCGCUGCCCUCCACGCCGCCGCCGCCCGAGGAGGAAGAGGACGAGCUAUACCGCCAGUCGCUGGAGAUCAUCUCGCGCUACUUGCGGGAGCAGGCGACCGGCUCCAAGGACUCGAAGCCUCUGGGCGAGGCGGGCGCGGUGGGCCGGAGGGCGCUGGAGACCCUGCGGCGCGUGGGCGACGGCGUGCAGCGCAACCACGAGACGGCCUUCCAGGGCAUGCUCCGGAAACUGGACAUUAAAAAGGAAGGCGAUGUUAAAUCUUUUUCUCGAGUAAUGGUCCAUGUUUUCAAAGAUGGCGUAACAAACUGGGGCAGGAUUGUGACUCUUCUUUCUUUCGGGGCCUUUGUGGCCAAACACUUAAAGAGCAUAAACCAAGAAAGCUGCAUCGAACCAUUAGCAGAAACUAUCACAGAUGUUCUUGUAAGGACGAAACGGGACUGGCUUGUCAAACAAAGAGGCUGGGAUGGGUUUGUGGAGUUCUUCCACGUACAGGACCUAGAAGGCGGCAUCAGAAAUGUGCUGCUGGCUUUUGCGGGUGUUGCUGGAGUAGGGGCUGGUCUGGCAUAUCUAAUAAGAUAGCCUUAUGAGUGCAAUAGGGGACUCUUAAAGCUCCAGCCACCAAACUACAUGCGUCUGUGAAAACAUGUGUAUUUAUGAAGGUGGACUUGAAGCUGCCCAGGAUUUUAACAGUCCAGUUCUACUGUAGCAACAUAGCAAAAAGAAAGUGGCUACAGGAUUGUGGCUAACAAGAAUAAAUACAUGGGAAAAGUGCUCCCUCUGGAAGAGUCACUGUCUGAAUGAAGCAAAGUUCCCCCUCAGCAAACACUGAGAGGCCGUGGAGAAGGACUUCUAGAAUGAAUGAAAGGGGUGGAUGGAAAGGUUUGAUUUCCUAUCUAGAGAUGGAAGAGGGGCCAGUCAUCAGGCUAGUCACAGCUCAAUAAAUAUCUAUUACUCUGCCCAGAGUGUUGAGAGAAAGAAGCCCUAAUUAACCACAUAAGUGACUUGUGUAAAAUGGAUUUGUAAUCUACAAGUCAGCAAACGAUGACUAGAAGCUGCAGUGCUGUACAGGAAUGUGAAGGGCGCCCUCUGAGCAGUCCAGGUGUGCUUGACAAAGUCUAAGUGCUCGGGGCUUUUAGCCCUGUCUAUUUUGGCUUGGUUUGGAUGAUUCUUAAGUUUAUUAGCCUAGUGAUGGCCAAAAAGUACUUGACUUAAGGUUCACUAAUUAGUUACAAAACUGAACAGCCUCGAUUUUUAAGAAAAUUUAUGAAAUGUAUUUGUCUGUAAAAAUUGUAUAUAUUUUUACAGAAAGUCUAUUUCUUUGAACAUAAGAGGGAAGUCUUGGAUUUAGUUUUUUUCCAUACCCUUUUGAAAUUUGCAGCUUCUCUAGUUAGAAAUGUAUUUCUUACAGCUUUUUAAGACUUUGUCAUCCGUUCUAGUGUAUAUGCAGAACCUGUUGUGUGUGUGGACUGGUUGUAGUAGAACAAAUCAGAUUUAUAACUAUGCAGGGUUAUCCAAUCUUUUUUUUUUUUUGUAUUUAAGGAUCACAGGUAGAUAGAUGUAAGACAUUUGAUCCCCUGUUGAUUUACUAAAUUGUAACAGGUAAAGCAGGUUAGAGUCUUAACCAUGGUGCUAUUCACUGGGUUUACUUGUUUAACACAAGUUUAAGCCAAGUGUCAAUAAAAAAAAAGUAUUUCUUUUUAAUGAUUGCUAAGCUUUGAUUUGAAUUUCUGUAUUGGUCUCUAGGUGUAGCCUUUACUUCCUUUACUGUUGGCGUGUUAUGCUCCUGGUUCCCCUAUAGAUACUACACUUCCUCCCUGUGCUCUUCACUGGCCAUUUUAGUUAUCUGCAUUAGAACUCUCACCCCAAACCCCCCCCCCCAAACUUUGAACCUAAGUAAUCCCUCCCCCAUCCUAAUCAGAGUCAGCACAGCUUUCCUGUUAGAGGAUAGUAAUGCUUCCUCUUUGAGCCCUGUGACCAACAGUGACCAGGAUUGGCAUUCUUGGAUUGGCAUGCUUUCCAUUGUUACUUUGUCCUAUUUUGGUAAGAAAAACAUCAAAGGUCCCCUUGGGAAUUUCAAAAGUUGGAAAUUCUACAUUUAUACUUUUAUUAGUUUGCUCCAUGUAUGACUGUUCACUUAAGUUUAGAGAAACACUGGGUUUUGCUAAACCCAGUUAACAAAAGCCACUGGUAACUGAAGGUAUUUAAGCUAGGGUCAUUUGAAAGCUUCAGCCUCAGAAUGUGACCUUUAGUCAGGGCUGCAGAUAAAAAUAGGCAGGAAUCAAAUGACUAAGAAUGUAAUGGGGAAGAAGUGCCCUGCCUGCCAGCUUGCGGGAGUGACUUGUACCUGUGUAUUUAUCCUUGAUCAUAGUUUGCUUAUUUAUGUUUAACUCUUCGGACUUCAGAGCACUUUAUGUAGUUGAAUAAACCCUAUAGGUUGAGGUGACUAAAAGGUUAGCCUCUCAUAACCCAGCCAUGGAAGUUUUCUUUACUAGGAGCCUGACUCCCCAGCUCGCAAAGGGUGAAAUGAAAGCUGAAGUACAGACAGGAUCCUAGUAGGUAUUUUAGGUCCAGGGCCAUGAAGACUUGGAGAGCGCAGUGGCUGGGAAAGGGGUUGAUUUGGAGGGAAGAAGCAUGUGGUCUGAGUGCUGACUAGAUGAAUACUUGAGGCACAUCCUUCAGAGAAGAGGGAGGGGCUGCUAGGAAAGAUGGCUCUCAGCAAAAUCUGUUUGUCUUACACGUCUCUCAGGGAAAAAACAUGCAGUCUUCAAGCAUCUUCCAUGUACAUUCUGUCUGGGUGAACACCUUCAUUCUGGUAGAGCACCUAACACUUUUAACAGCUGUUCCCGAAAGGGUUAGGACCAACUGCAAGUUAAUGUGGGUUAUAAAUGUUCCCCUAACUUCUGUUUCUUCUGAAGAGAAAAUAAACCUUUUUCCCCCC